UCAAAUGAAGCAGUCGAAAAAUAUUCUAGCUCCGUGAAAUUUUUGCAAAAUUAUUAAAAAUUCUUAUAAAAAUUAAAUGAAAUAAAUAAAAUAAUAUAUAUAUAUUAAAAAGUUAAACAGAAAAAAAGCAACAAAAUGUUGUACUUAGAAGACUAUUUGGAAAUGAUUGAACAUUUGCCACAAGAAUUAAGGGAUCGUUUUACCGAAAUGCGUGAGUUGGACUUAUCGGUACAAAACAGCAUGGAUUCUUUGGAAAAGAAAACCAGAUCUUUUUUCAUGCAGUGCAAACGUGGUGAUUUACAAGAAGAACUGGCCGACACUGAAUUCCAAAACCUGCGUAAAGAAUAUUACAAAGUUUUAGAAGACGCCGAUGAAAAAGUUACUAUAGCCACACAGAUUCACGAACUGGUGGAGCGUUAUUUAAGACGUUUGGAUAGUGAAUUAUUUAAGUUUAAAUGUGAACUGGAGGCUGAUAACAAUGGUAUAACAGAAAUAUUGGAGAAGCGCUCUUUAGAAAUGGAUGGUGGCAGUAGUGCGGCAACAGCUUUAUUAAGUGUGGCGGGUUUAAAUCAAAAAGAAAAUCGUUACUAUGGCGGACUCAGUGCAGCUGUAGCUCCAUCGGGUAGUAAUAGCCAUAGUGCUGUUAUGGGUGGAGGAGCUGUCGGCAUGGGUAUGGGUGGUAUAACGGUGCCAGCUACUCCUACAGGGGCUACUAAAGAUAAUCGUUAUCGUGCUCCCAAACCAGAGAAGAGAAGGGACAGCACUUCCACGUUGCAAAGUGCUGUUCCUGAGAAAAGAGCUAAUUUGGGCAAUAGUUUGCCAGCGGGUACACCGCCCGUUGCAGUAGUAAGACCUAUAACGCCAGGCAUGGGUGCAGUGUUGAACCCAGCCACAGCAGCCGUAGGCACACCCUCGGCAGUAGCUUAUAAUCUGCAACAAAUUGGUGGUUCUGCUUCUACGGCAAUAGCGGCGGCUGCUUCUCAGGCCAUAGUAGCCACUCAACAAAUGCAGCAGGGUAGACGUACUGCCAGCUUAAAAGCCAGCUUUGAGGCCAUUCAUGGGGCUGGCGGAGGCCCUACAGAAUUUUGGAUUAGUCGUGAUUUAGCUAGCGCAGCUGCUGCCUCUGCCGCUGGUUUAACUGGUAACAGUUCGUCAGAGAAAAGCAAGAAGAAGUAUGCUCAGAAAAAACUUAAUACCAAUUUGGCACAUACAGUGGCCUCAACAAAUGUUGCUCCCACAACCACACCCUCGGCCUUGAGUAUGGCCUCUUCGUCUUCAUCAUUAAGUGUAGACUCGGUCGAUAUGCUGGCAGGCAGUACGGCCAACCUUAAUGUUCCUACAUUGGUAGCAGCAGGACAACAUGUUACAGCUUCAUCUUCAACUGCCGGCUCAUCUAGUAUAGCUUCCUCUAAUAGGACAGCCUUAAAUUCCACUUCUUCAGUAAAUUCCUUAUCUAAUUCUUCUACCACAUCUACAGCUCUAACGCCAGGCUCAAAUAUUACUCUUAAUGAAAAUGGUAUGGUUGUUGAGCAGACACCGGAGGGUGAGUGGUCGUAUGACCCUAAUGAACCACGCUAUUGUACUUGUAAUCAAGUAAGCUAUGGCGAUAUGGUGGCAUGUGAUAAUGAUGCCUGUCCCUAUGAAUGGUUUCAUUAUCCUUGUGUGGGCAUAACACAACCGCCCAAAGGCAAAUGGUAUUGUCCCAAGUGUACUGCAUCAAUGCGUAGACGUGGUAAUCGCAAAAAUUAGUAUUAUUUGGAUUAAAAUGUGAAUUAAUGAAAACAUGAACAAAUUAGUGGUUAUUAUGAAAAGAAAUAAAGAGAAGAAUGCCAAAAAGCAAAACACAAAAA